AUGAUUAGGGUUUAACUGCUGCUAAUUUUAGUAGGAAUUAUUAUUGCAUAAGUAUAAUUUAACAUGAUAGCUAGGCCAAAGAGUACUAAUUACCACUUAAAUUAAAUAUGACAGAUAUAGGAUGUGAUUACAUCGAACAUUUUGAAUUUACUCUGGCCGAUUAUACAGCCUAAGUGAUUGGUUAGUUUAAUUCGACAGGAGGAUUUUAUUAAGUAUUGAAUUGUGUUAUUGAUUUAGCUAAGUGGCUUCAAAGAUUAUUAAGCUGUUGUUGAUAACAAAUUACAUGCUUGUGAUAUACAUUACACAACUUGGUAAUAUUCAAUCAAACAAAUGAGAUUAUACAGAAAGGCUCAAAACUUAAUAAUUGUUGAAUAAGAUGCAUAAUUGUAGAAUGCAUAGAGUUAAGAAUUGGAGCUUUAAUUAAUAUUUGAACAGACUCAAUAUGAUUUGUAAUCAAAUUAAGAACUUGCUGAUAGAAAAACAGCUGUUGUUUCAGUGUUCUUUACUACUGGCUACUCAGGAAUAUAAUCCCAUUUACCUGAUGGAAUCGAUAUGCUUCUUCCUUUUACACAAAUUGUAUAUUGAUUUUAUUGAUUUUAGAAUCGUAAAAAACCAACUCAAUAAUUUAAUGUGGAUGUAAAUCCAGAUCGAUAAUUGGAUGCCAUAUAAAGAUAUUUCUUUUAGUACAUGACUUUUGUUGGUAAGGACGGAGAUAAACAGUAAAACAUAUACUUUAACAGAAAAAAAUUUUAUGUUCCUUAAUCAUUUGUAAACACAUUCUUUGGUCCCUCAGAAGAAUACUAAAAUAUCCCAAAUUCAAAUCCAACCGCUGUCUCACAAGAUGAAAUGGAUUAAGAGAUGGUAAAGAUAUGUUAUGGAACUUUGGAAGAAACUGUGUUAAGAUAGAACUAUGCAGUUUGGCUUUGGAUUGUCGGAUUAUUAGUGUGGUGGAUCGUUAUGGUUUGCACUGAAAACGAUACAGAAUCAGUAUUUUUGGAAGAAUACAAAGAUAACAGAUUAACUAUGAUUCCCUUGUACAGUAUGUACAAAUUGAACAAUGAUAUAUUCUUCUCAAAAUUAUCGAGGUAAUCUCAUUAUUUGUUAUACUUUGCUUGGGAAGUUCUAAUAAUUUCUAUAUUAUAUGGAUAAUUCCAUUUAGAUAGAACUUACGAAGUUGGAGAUGCAAUUAUACUUUGGUAUGGAAUUGUUGCAAUAGUACUCGCUUGGCCAGUGGGCUACUUUUUUGGAUGGAUAGUUUUUACUGCUAGAGAGUAACACAAAGAAAAAAUUAAAUUGGAGAUAGAUUAUAAGCAAAUUACUGUAUCAAUAAUAUUUAUAAAUUAAGACCAAAACUUCUCCAGAAGCUGAAAAAUUACAUGCAGCCAUCUUAGAUGAAGAGAAUAGAAUGUACACGACUUGGUAUGUGUAUUAUGGAUUCAUGUUUCUGGCAUUAUGGGCUUGCGUUCUAAUAAGCAUAUGGAUGAUGAAGUUUGUAGAUGCAGACACUUCAGGGUAUUGGGUAGCAACAAUAUUUGUUAUGAUCUUCAUGGAUCAAAUUGUGUUAGAUUCAAUUGUUCCUUUUCUACCAUUAAUUGGGUCUGUUCAAAAAUAUAGAGGAUACUGGUAUGACGCAGAAUUGGCAAGUUUGUGGAAACAUCGUGAAGAAUUAUGAUUUAACAAAAAAAAACAUAGCAUCA